AUGGGGUCGAUCACCUGGCCCGCAGCGGCGCCCGCGACUGCGCCGCACCCGCAGCCGCCGCCCGCCCUGCGCUCGGCCGUCGCGCACACGCCUGCGCCGCAGCCGCAGCCGCGCCCGCAGCAGGCGGCGGCGCAGCCGGCGGGCCCCAGCAAGCCGCCGCGCCCGGCGCCGACGUCAGUGGCGCUGCCGGACGGGUGCGCGGUGGCGCGGCGAAUCAUUGCCAGCGACAACUCGUGCCUCUUCAAUGCGGUGGGCUACGUGAUGGAGGCGACGCGUUCCAAAGCGCAGGAGCUGCGGCGGGUGAUUGCGAGGGCCGUGUCGAGCGACCCAGUCACCUACAACGAGGGCUUCCUGGGCGAGAGCAACCCUGCAUACUGCUCCUGGAUCCUCAAGCCAGACAAAUGGGGCGGCGCCAUCGAGCUGUCAAUCUUGGCGACGCACUAUGGGCGCGAGAUCGCGGCGUACGACAUACAGACCAAGCGCUGUGACGUGUACGGGCAGGGAAACGGGUACAAGGAGCGGGUGAUGGUGAUCUACGACGGCCUGCACUAUGACGCCCUCGCGCUCGCGGCGUUUGAGGGGGCACCAGAGGAGCUGGAUGUCACAGUGCUGCAGGUCGGCAGCGAGCAGGAGGCUUCCGCAUCGGCAGGCGCCGCCCGCCUCGUCGCCGCGUGCCACGACGCGCGCCAGUUCACGGACAUCGCAAACUUUGCGCUGCGCUGCGGGGUCUGCCAGAUCGGGAUCAAGGGGGAGCGCGAGGCGGCGGAGCACGCAAAGGCCACGGGCCACACGCGGUUCAGCGAGUAUUGA